AUUUAGUAUUCAUAAAGCAUAGAUUUUUUUUAGCUUAAAUCCUAGCUAGGAUCCAUCUCCUUCCAGCUUUUCCUCACCACUAGCCUUUAGCUUAGCUUCGUAUAGUAAACUUCAUCAUAUCUAUCGGCCUGCUUGCUGCAUAACCAAACUUAUAAGCUUUAUUUUCAUUUGUAUGUAUAUAUACUCCUUAGCUGCUUUCCAUAACUUUGCCCUAGCCUCUUCAAAAUAUAAUAAUGAAGUUCUUUAAUUGGAUGCAACACAGAUUCAAUGGCGGACAGGCAGCAGGAUCCAAAACGAAUCGGAUUCCACCUCCCACCGAUAAUAACAGAGAGCGGCAAGAGUUCAAUGAUUGGCCUGCAGAUAGCCUACUGGCAAUCGGAACUCUUGGAAACACUAAUCCGAUGAAGAACACAGAAAAACUACCCGAAAGAAAUGAAAUCAUUGAAGAAGAAGAAGAAGAAUGUUCAUCACCGGAUCUAGCAGAAUUCACCACAGAAGAAUUUUGGAAGUUACAAAAGGCUCUUGGUAAGCUCCUUUCAAAAAAAAGUGUGGAGGUUGAAGAAGAUAUGGAUCUCCCCUUGGACAGGUUCUUCAAUUGUCCUUCCAACUUGGAUUUUGAUCGAACGCUUUCGAACACGUCCAGUGCGAAUUCUUCGUCUACUAAUUAUGAAUGCGAUGAAGAUGAGAUUGACAGAACCAUUAGAGCCAUCAUUAGAAGAUGCAGGGACGUAUGUGAGAACAAAAAGCAGAAGACAAUCGGGAAGAAGUCUGUUUCUUUUCUUUUCAAGAAAAUCUUUGCCUGCACAACUGGUUUUGCUCCUGCUCCCAGUUUAAGAGAUACAUUCCAAGAAUCCAGAAUGGACAAGCUUUUGAGGACUAUGCUCUCCAAAAAAAUUAACCGGCAAAAUUCAUCGCGAGUACCGUCGAAAAGAAGAUAUUUAGAGGAUAAACGAAAAUCAAGAGUGCAAGAGGAGGAGGAGGACGAGGAGGAGGAAAACAAAACGCAAGGAGAAAUGCAGCAUUCAGGAAAAUGGGAUAAGACUAAUUCGGAGUAUAUUGUUCUAGAGAUUUAGAUAUAUGUGUUUCUGGUUUGAUUGUUUUGCAUAACAAUUCUCAAUUCUGAAGACCAAAGGGAAGGAAAUAAGAAGGUGGAUGCUUCUACCCCUUCAAUUAAACCCUUAGCUUCGUCUAGUGUUUAUAUAGAAUUUUUAUUUGUUCUUCGCAAAGGACAUUUCUUCUAUUUUUUCAUGGUUGCAUCUAUCUUUCAUGAAUGCAACUCAUGUUCCGAACGGAGAAAUAUUUGGAGGGACAAUUAAAUGAUUUGUAUUGUUUAAAAAUCUUAUCUGUUUGUUCUUACUUUUAUCUCUUGCAGAUAUUGUUCUAGAGAUUUAGAUAUAGGUGUUUCUGGUUUGAUUGUUUUGCAUAACAAUUCUCAAUUCUGAAGACCAAAGGGAAGGAAAUAAGAAGGUGGAUGCUUCUACCCCUUCAAUUAAACCCUUAGCUUCGUCUAGUGUUUAUAUAGAAUUUUUAUUUGUUCUUCGCAAAGGACAUUUCUUCUAUUUUUUCAUGGUUGCAUCUAUCUUUCAUGAAUGCAACUCAUGUUCCGAACGGAGAAAUAUUUGGAGGGACAAUUAAAUGAUUUGUAUUGUUUAAAAAUCUUAUCUGUUUGUUCUUAUUUUAAGCUUUCGAUCAAACUAGUCAAUUGUUUGUACAACGUUGUUACUAUAUAUACUACCUUCAAUUUGUACAAGUUAUCAUUCAAUACUCUAUGUUAAUCUUUGGUAUCUUUUAG